AUGGGUAUAUUUCGGAAGCCACCUGCAGGGUCACUGGAGGCUAUAUUGGAUUUAAAUCAAUUGGCCGUCAAUAAGUUUAUUACAGCUAAUAGACCGGUUGCACCGGCAGCAAGUAAUGUCACUUUUGGAGGUACGAUGGUGGGACAGUCGCUUUUAGCUUCUUUUUACACGAUGUCUGAGGAUUUUGUGCCGGCUUCAAUGCAUUGCAGCUUUUUGAUGGGGGGGGAUCCUACGAUUCCAAUCAUUUAUAAUGUGGAGCCUUUAAGGGAAGGGCGGAAUUUCACCCAUAAACAAGUGAAAGCGUUUCAAGAUGAUAAGUUGAUCUUUAUAUCCAACUGGGUGUUUUCUAGACAGCGGGAGCUUGGUCCUCCUAAUUUACAGAAUGUUGGGCGGAUAGCGGUGCCUGAUAAGGAUAAGUUUGAUGUUGGUUCGACUCUGUUACGUAAAUAUUUGGACGAUCCUAAUAAUGGGGAAAGCAAGGAGUCCAAGGAAGCCCAGGGCACGAUUGCAACUGCAUUGGAUAAGGGACCUGCCAAGUACUGGCUCCCAAAGGAUUUCUUUAGUGGGGAGCGCAAACAUGAAGAGCUUAACUACUUCAUAAAGUUGAGAAACAGUAUAACUAAUAAUGAGAGUCUGAGACGUCCCGCUGGCGAAAAGUUAACGUUCUUGAACGACCAUCGUGCCAACUACCUUGCGAUAUCAUAUUACUCAGAUGCAUACUUCUUGCUUUCCCUACCUUAUUUCUACGGAUUACCGUUAUUUAAUUGCAAAAUAAGCGUUUCAAUGGACCAUUCCAUCUACUUCCAUCAAAGCCCAUCGAUGUCAAAUGAAAUGUACUUACGUAUCACCAAUGAAGAAUCCAAUGACGGUCUUCACGUUAUGAAAAGUGAAUGGUACGAUUCUGUAACCAAGGAAAAGAAGAUUACUGCUUUGCAGGGUGCUCUUGUGGUUUACAACAUGGAUGAUGAGAAACCAGAUGCUAAACUUUAG